AUGAAUUGGAUGUGGCAAGAUCCUAAACUACACGGUCCAUGAGAGUUGAGUCAGAUUCAUUGGGAAAUUCUCAUUCAGAAAUUGGAUAAAUACUUGAAGAGGAAGUUUGCUGUGCUGUGGGGAAAUGGGAUACGCUUUGCAUCUGCUAUGCGUAAUCUGAAAUUACUGCAAAGCCUGCACUGCAGCAAAUGGCAGGGCUUGGGAAUUCCUCAGUGUCUGACCAUUCGUACGGAUACAGGAAUAGUGCUGGUGGGAUCGAACUUGGGAAUCACAGAACUUGACCCACACACAGAACAGGUGGUCAAUAAGGUGUCUUUGGUUGAAGAAGCAUAUCUCCCUGAAGAUGGCUCUGGGUGUGUUGUUGGUAUUGAGGAUCUGCCAGAUCAGGAAUUGGUGUGUGUUGCCACUGCAUCUGGAGAUGUUAUACUUUAUAAUUCAAGCACAAAUCAGCUGGAAUGCGUUGGCAGUGUCGACAGCGGACUAAGUGGGAUGAGCUGGAGUCCAGACCAGGAAUUGGUUGUACUUACCACACGACAAGAGACAAUUAUAAUGAUGACUAAGGAUUUUGAGCCAGUCACUGAAGUCAAAAUUCACCAGGAUGAGUUUGGUGAAGGAAAAUUCAUCACUGUUGGUUGGGGGAGAAAGGAGACCCAAUUCCAUGGAACUGAAGGUAAAGAAGCAGCUCGUCGUAAGUUAGUGGAAGUUGAGCCAGCCCUUCCAUGGGAUGAUCAUAAGUUCCGUGUGACUUGGCGAGGUGAUGGACAGCUGUUUGCAGUGAGUGCCAUUUGUCCAUUGACAGGAUCUAGAAAGCUGAGGAUAUGGAAUAGAGAAUGUGUGCUCCAAUCAACCAGUGAACUUGUUAAUGGUCUUGAGUCUGCCCUGUGCUGGAAACCAUCGGGCAGUUUAAUUGCAUCUACACAGCGAAAGCCUAAUAAGCAUAAUGUUGUAUUCUUCGAACAGAAUGGUUUACUGCAUGGGGAAUUUUCACUUCCUUUUGACAAAGACCAAGUUAAGGUAAAUGAGCUGCUCUGGAACAGUGAAUCUACUGUACUGGCAGUUUGGCUGGAGGAUUUAAAAUCCGAUAAAGAAGACUAUGAAGGCCAAAGGAAUACAUACGUUCAGUUGUGGACUGUAGAAAACUACCAUUGGUACCUGAAGCAGAGUCUACAUUUUGGUUGUGAAUGCAUUGUGUCCCUAAUGUGGGAUCCCGAGAGCGCCUAUCAACUCCAUGUUCUCUGCAGUGGGUGGUGUUACUACUCCUAUAACUGGCAUUGGACCACAGAUAGAAGCAAAGGCGAUGACAGCAAUGAUUUUGCUAACGUAGCUGUGAUUAAUGGAGAUAAGGUAGAUGUCACGCCGUUUCGCCAGGCAAUCAUUCCGCCUCCAAUGUGCGCUUAUCAAUUGCAGUUAUCCUGCCCAGUUAAUCAGAUUAUCUUCUCCUCGGAUCCACAAAGGAGCAAUGAUUUAGCCGUCUUAACAGCUGAUAACCGGGUUUCAAUCUACCAAUCUGAUGAUGGUGCAAAUCAAGAUUGCCCCACUAAUACAGAAGCUGUUGGAGGAAGAGGAAUGAUAAAGCACUUGACAACUCCCAAACUGGUCAAAAUAUGCAGAAUUAAUUUUGAAGAAGAACAUAGUGACUGUCUGAGGCCUUUGAAGUUACGCUUUAUAACCUGGAUAAGCAAAAAUAAGUUUCUAAGUGUGUUUCAAGGUCUGACCACGUCCCAGUCUGUUGUGUGUCAGUUGGUAACUUCAUCAGAGGAUAAUCAAGAGGGAACACUAUGGAUCAGGACUCCCAUAUCUGUUGAUGGGCAGAUUAUCAACCUCUGCUACAACCAUAAGACACAGACUGUGGCCUUGGAGCUCUCUAAUGGACAGAUCCUAAGAUACAUGUGGGCUACUGAGUCCUCUGAGCCAUGUGUCAAACCGUGGAGGUCAGCUGAUGGAUGUCUGGUGCGAUUUUCUCAGCCUUGUGUACAGACAGCUCUAUGUAAAAUUGAAGGGGAGGAAGUGGUAUUGGGUCUGACAGAAAAAUCUCGUUUUUUUGUUAAUGUGUCAGAGAUAGCGUCCAAUGUUAAUUCAUUUAUAGUACACGAUGAGUUCCUGCUAUUCACCACCCAUUCUCACACUUGUCGCUGUCUCAAUCUUAGGACUACUUCAUUAAAAGCUUUGCUGCAUCUUUCAAUCAGCGAUUCCCAGCCAAAUGAUGAAACAGUUCGCAGAGUGGAAAGGGGAUCUCAUAUAGUGACUGUGGUACUUCACGAUGCCAAACUCAUUUUACAGAUGCCACGAGGAAAUCUGGAAGUUAUUCAUCACAGAGCGUUAAUACUUGCCCAGCUCAGAAAAUACCUGGACAGGCUAAAGUUCAAGGAGGCCUUUGAAUGUAUGAGAAAACUGAGAAUAAACCUUAAUCUUAUCUACGAUCACAAUCCAAAGGUCUUUUUAGAAAAUCUGGAGAACUUCUUGCAACAGAUCACUUCCAUAAGUUACAUCAACUUGUUUCUGACUGAACUGAAAGAGGAAGAUGUCACAAAAACGAUGUACCCAUAUGUCUCAAACUCAUCUACUUCUGCACCUGAGAGUGGGAGUAAAGUGGACACAAUCUGUGAUGCAUUGCGAACUGCAAUGGAGAGAAUAAACCCUCACAAGUACUGUUUGCCUAUACUGACCUGCCAUGUACGAAAGAGUGCUCCAGAACUGGAAACUGCUCUCCAGAAAGUCCAUGAGCUCAGGGUGAAUCCUCCAAGUGACCCUGAGGCAGUCAGUACUGAGGAAGCCCUGAAAUAUCUCCUCUUCCUAGUAGAUGUUAAUGAACUAUAUGACCAUGCACUGGGUACUUAUGACUUCGAACUGGUGAUGAUGGUAGCAGAAAAAUCACAAAAGGAUCCAAAGGAAUAUCUACCAUUUUUGAACAAAUUAAAGAAAAUGGAGGCUAAUUACCAGCGAUAUACCAUUGAUAAAUGUUUGAAGCGUUACAAAAAAGCUGUCAAGCACCUAAGUAAAUGUGGUCGUCAGCAUUUCUCUGAGCUUCUAAACUUGGUAAAGGACCAAAAGAUGUACAGUGAUGCCUUAAAAUUAUUCCCGGCAAACAGCCAAGAAUACAAGGACAUCAGUGUUGUGUUUGGCGAGUACCUCACCGAGAAGCAAUACUUUGAGCAAGCAGGGCUGAUCUUCACACGAUCUGGGGAAUGUGAAAAGGCUCUGAAUGCUUUCCUGCAAUGCUGCAAUUGGCAGCAGGCUCUUUGCAUGGCUGCUCAGCUCCACUAUACUGAUGACAAAAUGAUUAGCAUAGCACGCACCAUAUCAGGGCGAUUGAAGGAACAGCGGAGGUAUUCUGAGGCAGCCUUAAUUCUGGAACAGUAUGCUCAGGACUAUGAAGAAGCCAUUACAUCAUUUUUAGAAGGAUGUGCCUGGGAAGAGUCAUUAAGACUGAUUUAUAAGUACAACAGGACUGAUAUUUUGGAAACAAACCUGAAACCUUCCAUAUUGGAAGCCUAUAAUAACCAGGUGGCAUUCCUCGAUUCUCAAAAAACAUUAUUUAUUCGUCAUAAAUCUCGCCUCAAAAUUGUACGGGAAAUGAAACUGAAAGCACAAGAAGGAUUGUUAGAUGAGGAAAUGGCUGAUGGCCCAGAUUCUGAUCUGUAUUCAGAAAGAAGCAGUUUGUGGUCAGCGGGUGGAAUGAGCUCCAAAUAUUCACACAGUAACUCCAGGAUAUCAGCGCGGAGUUCAAAAAACCGUCGUAAAGCAGAACGUAAAAAGCACAGUUUGAAGGAGGGGAGUGCUAUGGAAGACAUAGCACUGCUGGAAGCAUUGAAAGAAAUAAUAUCUACAGUGGACAAACUGACAGGUGAAGUUCACAGCUUACUGAAAGUUUUGGUCCUUUUUGGCUUUGACGAUCAGGCUUCAGAGCUGCAAAAAGUUCUUGAAGGCAUCCUACAACUAAUGGAAAAGUCAGUUGCAGACAUCUGGCACUCUGAUGUGAAGAAAUCCACUCUCUGUCCAGUUCUUGGACCAGAUUCGACGGUGAAUAGUAUUACCAGCUCCCUCCAAUGGCCAAGAAGUGGAACAACAGCUCACCAAGAUGAAGAGAUCUUUGUUCCACCCAAGCUCAAUAAGAACAUGAAGUGGAAACUGAAUAUUCUAUGAAUCAACUCCAGUCAGCCAUAUCACCGUCUGUUCUGUGUAUGAUGCAGUCAGCCUGAAGCAAUAUGAAUACAUAACUAGCUUGUGAAAAUGAUUAGCGGUGGUGGAUGCACAACAGGAAUAUGGAUGCUUUCUGCAGACACAAAGGAUGACCAUGACAUUAUGACAAUCAUAAUCACAGUAAUAUUAACCAUCAGUUCAAAAUCUUGGUCGGCUCUUGUUAUAUCCUUGUAAGAUAAAAAUCUGUAUUUUAUUUUCUUUUACAAAUGGUUCCAUCGCUAUCAAAAUCAUUGUGGUACAAGAUAAGAAUGGGUGAAGAAAGCCAUUUAUCACAGAAGCUGGUGUGAAAUCAGCACUUGGGCAGCAGGAACAGAUCCCUAAGUGAGUGCAGAAUCUACCAAUGUUAGAUGUUUGAUGCUUGCUGUGAUAGGAAAACCAUCAGUGACAAAACCAAAAAUAGCUGAGAGGUACCAGUGAGGUCCGCUGUGAGAGCUGAAUUUAGGUGAAGACUUCUUGCAAAUGGAAAAAAAGCUGUUGUAUAUGGUUUUAUUUAUGGGUGCUUUGAAACUUUUUUAAGACUACAGCAGAAAUUCAGAUGUCAGUCGUUCAGUCUGUAUGAUAGUUGUCAAUUCAUAUUUUAUUCUGUUUAUAGAUAGUAUGUUGCUAAUUUGGUUGCAAAAGUUGAGUAAGCAAAGUACCUAAACAAUAAAUUGCAAAGGUGAUGGAACGUAUAAACUACUGCUGCUUUAACAAAUGUGGGUAAGAGGUUCAUUAUUUCACAUCAAAAUGUUCACAAUUCCCCAAACACUUUCUACCAUCUCAAGGCACGACAGAAGUGCGUUACGGUAUUUUCCACUUGGCUGGAUUGGUGCAGGUUCACCAAAACUCCAGAAGUUCAAUAUCAUGGACAAAAUGGACAUCUCUUCACUACCUUGACCUUUCAUCAGUAGUGCACCGUAACCGCACUGUGUACCGUCUACAAAGCACACUGCAAAGCUUCAGCAAACUGAAAUGUUAACUGCUGUCUCAUGCUGAUGCUGCAUACACUGGAAUAUUUGCAGUAUCACCAUUUUAUUUUAUGUUCUCAGUAGUUUAUCCCACCUGCUACUUCUGCCUUCAUAGGUUUUAUGUGCCUUUUGGUUGGGUAUAUAUUAGGAGGCCAUGCAUGCUCUCAAUUUAUAAAACUAGAACCAGCUACCCCAAGGAAAAUCCUCCAGAUAAUUUUCAUAUGUAUUUAAAAAAUAAGCUCCAUGUAUCUUUGCUGUGCAACAGAAUGGUGCAAAAUUUAUCCGUAGUUAUAAAGUUUAAUGCCUUUUUACAUGGUUGUAUAUCAGAGCAAUUAUUAUUUACAGAUAUUUAAAUACAUUGCAUUACCAGCAUAUGAAAUCAAUAUGGGCAUGGUUUACUCGAGAUCACAUGGAGCAUAAUGAAACUUCAGGACAAUUCAAAACCUACAAAUUAACACCAAGUUUUCUCUGAUGUGUUUUGCAUUCUGUACGUGGAAUGUAUAUUUACUCAACGGUGGAACAGGUAGAUGAAGUUACUUCGAACUCAACGGCUGUGAAGGCGGAUGAAGGCUGCAACAAAUCCAUCAGCUCCAAUCGUCGUGGUUUCCAUGCCAUUGGAAUCAGUCGGUUGAUUUGUGAAGUAUCGUAUGCUUCUUGGAGUGCAACGUCAAAUACACGCACAGGUGUCUUCGCUCUGUGGGCUACCUCUUCAGAACGAAGACCAUCAUCCUCGACCUUGAGGGAUAGCCACAACGAUCUAUUCAAAAUUU